GACCACUUAUGAUCGGCAGAAGAAACAAACGGCGCCGUGUGAAAGAAACUCACUUGGAGAGAGCAGUCUGUCUGUGUCCUCUUCGUUACAGUUUCAGCGCGCCACCUUCACUGCCUCUUUCGCAGUAGCAAAUCUGCAAUUCCUCUUCAAUCCAUGAUGGAACCAUUAAGUUCGUCAAUUCCAGAUUUUGGGAAUUUCACAAUGGGAAAUUCUGAAGGUAAUUUUGUGGAAGCUGAGGGUUUCAAGCAUCGUGUCGAUGAUCUUUUCCACAAGGUUGAUAAGUUGGAGCAAAGAGUGAAUGAGGUUGAACAGUUUUACUUGAAUGUAAGCAAAAAGCAACAAACUGGAGGUUCAAAAGGUAGCUCAAUUGUGAAGGAUAAAGACAAGGAGAGACAUGUACCUAGCAUAAGGAAGCAGCAACAAGAUGCGUUGAAAAGGGAGGCAGCUGCUACAAAGAGAAUGCAAGAGCUUAUGCGUCAAUUUGGCACAAUAUUGCGCCAGAUCACGCAGCACAAGUGGGCUUGGCCCUUUAUGAAUCCUGUUGAUGUCAAAGGUCUUGGUUUACAUGACUAUUAUGAGAUUAUUGACAAGCCCAUGGACUUCAGUACUAUAAAAAAUCAAAUGGAGGCGAAGGAUGGUACUGGAUAUAAGAAUGUUAGGGAGAUAUGCGCUGAUGUGAGGUUGGUUUUCAAGAAUGCAAUGAAAUAUAAUGUUGAAAAAAGUGAUGUUCACGUUAUGGCUAAAACCUUGCUGGCAAAAUUUGAGGAGAAGUGGCUACAACUUCUGCCCAAAGUCACUGAAGAGGAGAAAAGACGAGAAAUGGAGGAAGCAGAGGCUCAGUUGGACAUGCAACUUGCUCAGGAAGCUGUUCAUGCUAAAAUGGCAAGGGAGUUGAGUAAUGAGCUUUAUGAGAUUGAUAUGCAUUUGGAUGAACUUAGAGACAUGGUUGUUCAAAAGUGCAGAAAAAUGUCUACUGAAGAGAAACGAAAGCUUGGGGCAGCUCUCACAAGAUUGUCUCCUGAAGAUCUCACUAAAGCAUUGGAGAUUGUUGCUCAAAAUAAUCCCGGUUUUCAAGCUAUGGCAGAAGAGGUGGACCUUGAUAUUGAUGCCCAGAGUGAAUCUACUCUGUGGAGGUUAAAAUUUUUUGUGAAAGAUGCUCUGGAAGUUCAGGGCAAAAAUGCAGCAAGUACAGGGGCCAAUAAUAACAACAACAGCAACACCACCGCCACCAACAAUAACAAUAGCAACAAUAAACGAAAAAAGGAGAUUUUUGAGGCAAUUGCGAAGACUGCAAAGAAAAAGAGUAAAAAGGCUUCUACUUAACCAUAUUAUACUACAGUUUAUGGAACAAUACAGCGCAAAGUUUAUGUCAGCUUCGUGACGAUAUUUAUGAUUGUUGGUUGCUGGUGCAGAUUGUUUCAGGGAAAAAAGGAAAAGAAGAAGAAGAAGAAGAAGAAGAAGAAGAAGAAGAAGAAGAAGGGGGCAGAAGCUGGGAGGAUGAUGUCCAUUCUGGCAAUUUGUAAUCUCCUUCAACCUGUGCUGUAAUUUAGCAUUUAGCAUUUAGGACAAUGAUAUAUCUCACGUCUGUAACAAGCUUUCCUCAUUUGAUUAUUCAUCUCCAGUUAGCAAUUACACAUGAUGUAUGGAUCCAAAAUGUCAUGUUUGUGUGCAUUUUAUAGUAAACUAUUGUUAGUUGUUUAA